AACCAAGUAUGAGUGUGUAUAUAUGCAUAUGAAGAAACAGAUAAUCCCAUAAAUAGGAUUUCUGAUCCACAUAGCUGGAUUUAACCUGUAGCCUCCUGUAUGUUUAAUUAUUGAUGUCCUGUCUGCUACAAUACAAUACCAUCUCUAAUAAUAAUAAUAUAUAUAUAUAUAAACACCCUCAGUCUCCAUUUAUCCACACCCUUCCUGGUAGCUGGAUACCAUCACUGAAAAGUAAAGCAAGAAGAAUGGGAGGACAUGAUCAUGUGGUGUGGUGGAUGUGUGUUGUUGUGGUGUUAGCAAUGGGGGAUUUGGUCCUUGGAAUGGCUCCGAGAAGGCCGGUAGCUGUGCCAUUCGGUCGGAACUAUGUGCCGACAUGGGCAUUUGACCAUAUCAAAUACUUCAAUGGUGGUUCAGAGAUCCAGCUGGUGCUAGAUAAAUACACUGGAACUGGUUUCCAGUCCAAGGGCUCUUACCUUUUUGGACAUUUUAGUAUGCAGAUUAAAAUGGUCCCUGGUGACUCUGCCGGCACCGUCACCGCCUUUUAUCUAUCCUCCCAAAACAACGAGCACGACGAGAUCGACUUCGAGUUCCUCGGAAACCGGACGGGGCAGCCGUACAUUUUACAAACAAAUGUAUUCACCGGCGGCAAGGGUGACCGGGAGCAACGAAUCUAUCUAUGGUUUGACCCCACGGCAGCUUUCCAUUCCUACUCCGUCCUCUGGAACAUGUACCAAAUAGUGUUUUUUGUGGAUGAUGUGCCAAUAAGAGUGUUCAAAAACAGCAAAGAUUUGGGAGUGAGAUUCCCAUUCAACCAACCGAUGAAGAUCUACUCAAGUUUAUGGAAUGCAGAUGAUUGGGCAACAAGAGGUGGGUUGGAGAAGACUGAUUGGUCAAAGGCACCAUUUGUGGCUGCAUACAAAGGUUUCCACGUGGACGGUUGUGAGUCGUCAGUAAACACACAGUUUUGUGCAACACAAGGCAAAAGGUGGUGGGACCAGAAGGAGUUUCAAGAUCUUGAUGCUUACCAAUGGCGUCGUCUUCAAUGGGUACGCCAAAAGUACACCAUUUACAACUACUGCACUGACCGGAAGCGGCUUCCGGUCAUGGCUCCUGAAUGCAAGAGAGACCGUGAUGUUUGAUUGCAUAUUGGGUGGUUGGGUUUUAUAUAUAAUCUGCAUCUUCCCUCUAUUUAUUAUUAUAAUAUAUGCAUUUAUAAAGUGAGGAUGGGAUUUGAUGAUGUAUGUAUUCUAUGGUGUGGUUGUAUUCUUUCUAAUAUCUUUUUCAAUACAUUUUAAUAUUGUGUGGUGAAUUUGAUUUGUGUUAUCUUGUUAUAUGCGAGUCAAGUAAUCAUGAUAAGGAGCUUGAAAAUUAAUGAUAAA